AUGUAUUAUAUCUAUUCAUGGAAUGUUAGUUUUAGUGGCGUUAAAUAUCUGAUUUGGUUGAUUUAUAAGGUGUCUUCAAUCAUUGGUUUGAUUUCUUAUAUUGUGGACUUUGUGACUUAUGACAUAACACAGCUAGAAGCUGAAAGAUUGGAAGAAAGAAGGGCAUUACAAAGAGAAAUAGAGACAAUAGAGCUCUUUCGCCAAGCUUUUCAAACCACUCAACUGUCAAGAGUUGUUACAGGUCUCGAAAACAUUGCCAAUAUGAAUUUGACACAAAUGAAGAAUCAUAAAGCCAAACUAAAGAGUGAUUUGGAAGAAAUUGAGCAACGACUGGUAAGUUUGCAUGUUUUUAAAUUUAAUAACACUUGUCAGAGUUCAACUUCAAGGACAUCAAGAACGGUCAAUAUUUCUAAUUCUUAUGGAGCUACAACUGACUUGAAGAGUGAAACAUGUGUCUUGUGUUUAGAAAAUCAACCUGUAUAUCAAUUUGUUCCAUGUUACCAUUGUUGUUUGUGUGAGAAUUGUGUUUAUGAGCAAUGUGCUAAAUUGCCUUCUUCUACAGAUAUUGCAGCUGAUGAGGAUGAUAUUCUAACGGCAGAAGACUAUCAACUCACCAGGGAUAUUCCAUUUGAUUCCCAAUUUGAAGAUUCGAAUAAUUUUGUCAAGUGUGAAAUGAGUAUGAAACCUUUCAGUUCCUUAAAUCAAUGUCCACUUUGCAAGACAAGAGCCACCAAGUUGGAAUAUAAUAAUAUGGGUAUCAAACCACAUGUAGAAAUUAGAACAUUAAAUUCAAAAUAUCACAACGAUGGAGAAAAGCGUGCAAAACAAGAAGUUGGAAAACUUUUCAAAUAUUUGAGAAGAAAUGGCAGUGAACUGGAAAAAUUGAAAAAGAGUACAAAAGAAUUUUUGGUGAAAACUCUUUCAGUGAUGAAGAAAUAA